CUCUGCCCCGCGCGCCAGGUCUGGGCUUGGCCUCUAUGGUGAUCGUCUUCUUCUGCAACUCCUACUACAUCAUGAUCCUGGUGUGGGGGCUCUUCUACCUGGUGCACUCGCUGACGGACACGCUGCCCUGGGCCACGUGCGGCCACGCGUGGAACACGGAGCAGUGCGCCGAGUUCUUCCACCUGGAGCUGUGCGCCAACGCCAGCGCCAACGCCAGCGCCUUCAACGUCAGCUGUGCCGACAUGGCCAACAAGCGCUCGCCCGUCAUCGAGUUCUGGGAGAACAAAGUGCUGCGGCUCUCGGGGGACCUCAGCGAGCCGGGGGAGAUGAACUGGCAGAUGAUCCUCUGCUUGGUCACCACCUGGGUCGUGGUCUACUUCUGCAUCUGGAAGGGCGUCAAGUCUACGGGGAAGAUCGUCUACUUCACGGCGCUCUUCCCCUACGUGGUCCUCAUCCUGCUGCUGGUCCAUGGCGUGACGCUGCCCGGCGCGCUGGGCGGCAUCGUCUACUACCUGAAACCCGACUGGUCCAAGCUGGCCGAGGCGCAGGUCUGGAUCGAUGCGGGCACCCAGAUCUUCUUCUCCUACGCCAUCGGGCUGGGAGCGCUGACCGCGCUGGGCAGCUACAACCGCUUCCACAACAACUGCUACCGGGAUGCCUACAUCCUGGCCGUGAUCAACAGCUCCACCAGCUUCUUCGCCGGCUUCGUCGUCUUCUCCGUGCUGGGCUUCAUGGCUUCGGAGCAAGGCGUGGACAUCUCCAAGGUGGCCGAGUCCGGCCCGGGCCUGGCCUUCAUCGCCUACCCCAAAGCCGUGACGCUGAUGCCCUUGUCCCCGCUCUGGGCCACGCUCUUCUUCUUCAUGCUCCUCGUGCUGGGACUUGACAGCCAGUUCGUCGGCGUGGAGGGCUUCAUCACGGGCAUCCUGGACCUCUUCCCCCAGCCGGGGGCCGGCUCGCUGCGCCGGGAGCUCACCGCCGCGCUCUGCUGCCUCGUGUGCUGCCUCAUCGACCUCUCCAUGGUGACACAGGGCGGCAUGUACGUGUUCCAGCUCUUCGACAACUACUCGGCCAGCGGCAUCACGCUGCUCUGGCAGGCCUUCUGGGAGUGCGUCGUCAUCGCCUGGGUCUACGGUGCCGACCGCUUCAUGGACGACGUGGCCCGCAUGAUCGGCUACCGGCCCCUGCCCUUCAUGAAGUGGUGCUGGGCCGUGGUGACGCCGCUGGUCUGCGUGGGCAUCUUCGUGUUCCACGUGGUGAACUACAAGCCGCUGACGUACAACAAGACGUACGUGUACCCGUGGUGGGGCGACGCCAUCGGCUGGGUGCUGGCGCUCUCCUCCAUGCUCUGCAUCCCCUGCACCGUCCUCUACAAGCUCCUGCGCUGCAAAGGCUCCCUGCGCGAGCGCUGGCAGCUCCUCACGACGCCCAUCUGGGGCCACCACCACCUGGAGUACCUGACGCCCGAGGCCGAGGCCAAGCUGCUGGCCCCGGAGCCGCCCAAGGAGAAGGCGACGCUCUUCGAGACUGUGAUCUGAGCGCCGCGCCGCUCCCGCCCGCCA